GUGUGUCCCCCGUGUGUCCCCCGUGUCCUGCGUGCGUCCCCGGGUGUGUCCACGUCCUCCGCGUCCCCCCACUGGCCACACUGUCACCGGCCGUGGCCACCCCAGGGGACGCUGCCGCCCCUCAGGGACACUCCGGGGACACCGCGGUGUGUGUCCCCAGGGCUGCCACCACCGCCCCGGGGACAUCGCCCCCUCUGUCCCCGCCGUGCCGUUCCAGGCCGUGCCAGCAGGUGUCACCCCCUGCCCGGCCCCUCGGGACCCCCGGAGUCACCCCACGAGUCUCGGGGGUGUCCCCAUGUCCCCCACCCCAGCCGUGUCCCCAGGGUCCCCUCUGAGCAGCGGUGACACUCGGGAACCGGAGCCUGAGUGGGACACCGGGGGCAGCUCGGUGCUCCCAGUAUGUCCCAGUAACUCCCAGUAACUCCCAGUAGCCACUCGGGCGAGGCAAGUGGCCACGCUUUGGCGCGGGUGACAGGUCACCGCUCUGGGGACAGAGGGGACACACGUGUGGCCGCCACGCCGCACACGCGUGUGCAAGGAGGGGAGGGGGGGUCUCGGGACGAGAAUUGCACGCGGGAGCGCGCCCCGGUAAGGGGGGGGGGGAGCCACCGCCGUGCCCGCGCACACGCGCGUGCAAAGCCCCCCCCACCCCCGGCAGUUAAUGAGGAUCAUCUCAUUAACGGGGAUUAACGCCUAUCUAUAGCGCGGCCGCGGGGGGAGUCCCGCGGGGGUCCCGGUCCCGCCCCCGGCCCCGCUCCGGCCGGUGCCCGGUCCCGGCCCGUUCCGGGGCGGAGCCGCUCGGCACCGAGCGCGGAGCGGAGCCGUUUCCCCCCGCUCGCAGCCCGGGGCGGGGCGGGGGGGUCGCUCUCAGCCCCACCCGCCAUGCCGGGGGUCCCGCUGCCCUUCGUCCUCCUCCUCCUCCUCCUCCUGCUCGCCGGGACCCCCGCGCAGCCCUUCCCGCGGGACCUGGCGGCUCGCAGCACCGUGGGGCUGGCAGCCACCGCCGCCUACCCGCGCUUCGGGGGUCUCCGGGGGGACAACGGCACGGCGCGGCUCGGCCUCGACUUCCAGCGGAUGCUGCGGCUGAACGGGACGCUGCUGGUGGCCGCCCGGGACCACAUCUACGCCUUCGACCUGCGGCAGGACCGGGGGACGCUGUACCCGGAGCGGCACCUCACCUGGGAGCCGCAGGACCGGGAGAACUGCGCCAUGCGGGGCCGGCGGCAGGACGAGUGUCACAACUACAUCCGUGUGCUGGUGCCCCGCGACGCCGAGACCCUCCUGGCCUGUGGCACCAACGCCUUCAGCCCCCUGUGCCGCACCUACCAGGUGGGCAGCCUGGCACAGCGAGGCGAGCAGAUCAGCGGCCAGGCCCGGUGCCCCUUCGAUGCCAAGCAAAGCAUCGUCGCCCUCUUCGUCGAUGGCAGCCUGUACUCGGCCACGGUGGCCGAUUUCCAGGCGAGCGAUGCCGUCAUCUACCGCAGCCUGAGCCCCGGGCAGGCGCCGCUGCGCAGCCUCAAAUACAGCUCGCGGUGGCUGCAGGAACCCCACUUUGUCCAGGUCCUGCCCUACGGCCCCUACGUCUACUUCUUCUUCAGGGAGGUGGCAGUGGAGCUCAGCGCCCUGGGCAAGGUGUUGGUGGCCCGGGUGGCCCGGGUGUGCCGCAACGACCGCGGCGGGUCCCCGCGGGUGCUGGAGCGGCGCUGGACGUCCUUCCUGAAGGUGCGGCUGCAGUGCUCCGUGCCCGGGGACAGCGUCUUCUACUUCGAUGUCCUGGAGGCUGUGACACCCCCUCAGAGCCUGCACGGGCGCCCCGCUGUUCUCGCCCUCUUCGGCACCCAACCCAACAGCAUCCCCGGCUCGGCCGUCUGCGCCUUCUACCUGGCAGACGUGGAGCGGUCGUUCGAGGGUCCCUUCGCCGAGCCCCGUGGGGCCACCUGGACCCCAGUGCCAGAGGAGAGGGUCCCUCAGCCCAGGCCGGGCUGUUGUGCCGGGAUGGGACCCGCUGCCGGUGUUGUCACCUCCGGGGACUUCCCUGACGAGACGCUGCUGUUCGCCAAGGAGCACCCGCUGCUGCACGGCGCCGUGCGCCCCGCGGGCGGGCGGCCGCUCUUCACCCGCACCGGCACCAGGCUGACCCAGCUGGCCGUGGACACGGGCGCGGGGCCCCGCGGGAACCAGACCGUGCUGUUCCUGGGCGCCGAGGACGGGCGGCUGCUGAAGGUCCUGGCAGAUACACAGCACCCCGGGGGCACCCCGGGGGACAGCCGAGAGCCGGGGGACAGCGGGAACAGCAGUGCCAGGACGCUGCUGCUGGAGGAGAUCAGCCUCUACGACCCCGGGCGGUGCCACAGCCCGCGGGGUGCCGGGGUGCCCAGCCGGGUGCUGGGGCUGGAGCUGCACCCACCGGGCCGGGAGCUGAUCGUGGCCUUCGCCGGGUGCCUCCUGCGGCUGCCCCUGAGCCGCUGCGGCCGCCACGGCUCCUGCCGAGGGAGCUGCCUGGCUGCCCGAGACCCCUAUUGUGUCUGGCUGCCCUCCAGGGGCUGCGUCCCCUUCUCCGAGGACCUUCCGAGUGGCUUCCAGCAGGACGUGGAGGGAUCCCUCGGGAUCAGCGGGACCUGCCAAGGGGCUGCGGAGGACAGUGACGAGGAUGGAGACCUGGCCCAUGGGGUGCGGCAGCCCGGGCCGGGGCUCGAAGCGACCGUGCCGGUGCCGGUGCUCGUGGGCUGCGUGCUGGGCGCCUUCGCCCUGGGCGCCCUGGCCAGCGGGCUGGUGGCCACCUGCUGCCAGCGCCCCGCCGUGCCCAAGGCGCCCCCGGAGCCGCCCUACGCCCCGCGGAGCCCGGCACAGCCGCCGGUGCCCCGGCUGUACCCCGCGCUGCCGCGGGACCCCGCCGAGCCCGAGCCCCCCGAGCCCGAGCGCCCCGCGCCGCCCCGAGAGCCCCGAGAGCCCCGGGAACCCCGAGAGCCCCGAGAGCCCCGAGAGCCCCGGGAGCCCCCCGGGCCGGUACCCCCGGGCAGGGCGGCCCGGGAGGCGGCGCCGCACCGGCUGCACGGGGGCUCGGCGUGGCCGGCGACCCCUCCGGGCAGCGGCUCCUUCGCCAACCGGGUGCUGCCUCGCCCCGCGGGCCCCGGGCCGCCCUUCGGCCCCCACGACCGGGCCCCGGUGCGGCUGGACGUGCCCCCCGACAGCCCCCCGGCCCCGCGGCGGCCGCUGGCACCGAGCCGCUCGCUGGGCGGGACCCCCGCCGGUGCCCCCGGGCCGCCGCGGGGCCUCACCCGCAUGUACUCGCUGGGGACACCGGGGGCGGCUCCCUGGGGACCCGGUGCCCCGGAGCGCUCCGUGCCCGUGAAACCCCCCGUGCUCCCCAAGCCGCUGCUGCUGCCCGCGGCCCCGGGCCGGCCCUGAGACCCCCCAGCCCUCCCCUUCCCCGGGGCAGGGUCCCGCUGCCCCAGCUCCCGUCCCGCGGCACCAGCACAGUCCCCCCCGGCAGUGACAAGGGCUCCGCGUCUCCCAUCCCCCUGGUUUGGCUUUUUUGUUAUUAUUUUCUAAUUUAUUUUCUGUUCGAGGGGGAGUGGGAGUUGCCGUCACCACCCCUUGGGGACACCAGGAAGGGGGACACAUGGCCCAGCCCAUCCUACUGUGUAGGACCAGGGCUGAGCUGGGGCACCACAACAGUGGCACAAGAUUUUAUUAAAAAAUACAGAACAAAAAAUGAGCAUAAAUGUUGACAUUUCUGCAUUCCAAAGCAUUUUGCCUUGCUAGAAAAGGAGAAAAGCCUUUGUGUUCUUGUCGCAGCACUCAGAGAAUCUGUCCCCGAUUUCUUCAGUGAUCAAAACAAUGUGAUAAUGUGAUUAAUCAAAUAAUUAGAUUUGUCACAAGGAGGGGAUGGGGUGGAAGGGACGGCGCCCCACGCUCAGCCCGACCCCCAGGUCUGUGCUCCCCCUUCCUGGGUGUCUGCAGAGCUCAGAUUUGGGAUAACUCAAACCACUCACAGCCAACAGCAGGGAGACACGUGUCCAAUUAACCCCAAAGUGUGCUAAUUAACCCCAAAGUGUGCUAAUUAACCCCAGACCGUGCCCACGGGAGGGCACAGCCAGGGCUCUCCUGCCCACGCUGGCACGGAUGCGAUGCCAGGCCCGGGAACGGCGCGGGCAGGAAAAGCCCUGACACGGCACAGCCCGGCCGGGGCUCCCGUGGGAGGGAAUUUACUGACCAAAAAAAUGCUGCUUUUGGCUUAAAAAGCUCCUGGUGGUUUUUCUCUGGAAGAGCUGGGUUUGAAUUCCAGGCAGAGAUCAAAUCCUCCUCAGUUUUGCUACACGGAUCCUUCCAGAAAUUAAAUCAGGGGAUUCCCCUCCAAAAGGUGACAACAUCCUCGGCUUUAUUUCCUCCAAAAAUAACCCAAACCAGUUCCCAUGAGCCCUACGGACUUUUUAUUUUUCAUUUCCUCUUCCAAAGGGGAAGUUUUUUCUCCAACUGAAGGGAUUUUUUGGCAAAAUCACCUGUUUUGGGGAGAAGGAUGGUAAUAACUGAGGGCAGCAGUGGGGAAGGCACAAUACAGAUCGGCUGCAUGUUAUAAAAAGGUUUUAGUUCUUUAAAAAUAGAAAUUUUAAUUUAAAAAGUGACAUUUGUAUCUCCAAAGAAAAGCAGACUCCCAGACUGCCAUAUCUGGAUUUCCAUGUGCCACCAAUUUACAGCACUGGCCAGUGUGGGAAUUAGAAUAUUUGCCUAAAUAUUGUAAGACCAGGGAAAUUUUUUAUUUUGGGUGUUUUCUUCUUGAAACAAACAGGUGAAGGAUGGUUUUCCCUGAGAGUGUGAGAUGCUUCAUGUGAAAAACAUUCAAUGUUGCCUCAAUCCAAAAAUUAACAAUUCUGGGAGAAGAAAAUGAUGGAUAAAAGGGGAAAAAAAUCCCUUCUACACCUCAGCAAAUAUUUAAAGCAACACGCCAAGAGAAUAUUUUUGUUGCCAUUGCAGAUCUGGUCCCUGGGAUUUGCAGGUCCUUGCACAAGGUCUGUGUUCAGGCUGGAAUUCCCAGGCAGCUCAGCACUAAUCCAGCUGCUUUGGCACACUGGGAUUUCUUCCCAUUCCCAACAAUGCAGGUAUUGACAUCCCAGAAUAAGCCGUGGGAUCACCUGGCUGGGUGGAAUUUUGUGGAAAAGCUUCGGAUCUAUGCAGGGCAAAGUUUUAAAAAAGUUUUUGGCAUGGCAGGAAAUGGAGGCUGGAGGGGGCACUGCAGGAGCAGCCCCGGUUUGACCAAAAGGAGAGGGAGAAAAAGGAAUUUUCCUUUCUAAGUGCCAGGAUUAGGAGGUGACAGUGUCAUUAGGUGGCUCCAAGCUGGUGGGUGAAGGUAGGUGAGAUCCUACCCGAAUGAAUUUCAAAGGUUGGAAAGAGGUGGAACCAAGGUGCAAGGAAAAGAAAAGAGUUACCAGUGAUGAAAAGUUGGGAGGGAAAUGAGAAAAACGUUUUUCCUCCUAAAAGAGGGAUGAGGAGCUAUUUCUGCUGUGUUGCUGAGACCUGGAUUAUGCCCAGCUUCUACUGGGAAUCCUGAAUUGUCCCAGUAAAACCCCUGAGCUCCAGCCAGGAGUAUCCACCUCGUGUUCCUUGGAGUCAUCCACUCUUUGUUCCACUCCUUGCCUCGCAGGAGGAGGCAAUUCCAAGUCUGAAAUAUCCAAGUGUUUCACCCCAAUGGGGCUAACAGAAUCCAAAGUCAAAAAUUUUCGUCUUAAAAAGAACCACUUGAGGGAAAAAAAGUAUCAUUUUGAUGCCUCAGUAAUGGAACUUCCAGCCCAGACAGGGUGAAGGAGAGGAAUAGAAAACUCUCCUGGAUAAUUCCCAUCUCUAAGCCCCCAAGCUGCUUUAAGCACAUGCAAGAGCUGCACAUUUCCAGAGAAUAAAUAUUUUAAAUCUGUAAACAUGAGUUUUUGCUUUGGGAAGGCAGAGUUUGGCCAAGCAGGGAGGAGAAAGCUCAUGUGAGUGACUGAAGGUAGCGCCACCUAAACAGUUCUCCCUUUGUCUUCCUGGUGGGUCCCAAGCCAGGAAUGAUUUGUAGUAAUUUGGCAAAUAAUUCAGAAUAAUUAACAGCUUUAGAAAAUUGUUUUUCAGCAGGGCAAGUCUGUAAACAGACAGAACUGAUGUAACCCGUCUCCGUGCAUGCAUUAAAGAGCUGCUCUGCUUCCUAAUCCUCUUUUCCUGCCCCGAAGUUAAUCCAAAUAAUCGAGUAUCCCUGGGACACGCUGGAAGAAUUGGCGGUAGUAGGCAAGGCUGGGGAAUGACAUCCCUUGAGGAAACAAAACAGAGCUCUGGAGCUGUGCCCUGCUUUGCUGAACACCAUUUGUAUCUGUCUCAUCAAAUAACGAGAUUACAGUGCCCCGGGCGGUUUAAUGGGCGGACAAGGCGGGCUGAGGCUGAUAUGAACGGCCCAGGAUGAAGUUGUAGAGAAAUGAUGGAGUAACAGGUUGGAGUUGAUGAUUUACUCCCAGGCUGGGACGUUCCCCACAGGAUAAAGGAACAGUCUCUACCAAAGAGACAACAACUUGGUAUUCCUCCUCCUGAGGGUGUUGGGCUUCCAGGAAAAACCCAAAAUAUUCAGGUGUGGUUGAGGUGGCGCUGACAGAAGCCCCAAGGACACGCAGACCCCGCAGGCUCACAGGAGCUGGAAUGUUUUCCCUCUGGAACCGAAGCUGCUCCUCACCUUGCUGCCAGGGGCUGGCAGGGACAGGUGGCUGCGGGCACAGUGGCACUCGGGUGGCACAAUCCACAGCUGCUGCUUCCACCGCUUCCUCCCCUCUUACCCUGGGAAAUAAAGCAAACACAGAGAAAAG